CCAAAGUGAACAACAUCCAAAGUGGGGUAUCAAUCGGCGCCCACUUAUAUUUGCUUGGAACUUCCGUUGUAUUCGUGACGUGAAGCUGUGGAUUUGGCUGAGCAAUAUACAGACUCCUUUCUUCACUUGAAGGUUUGAAUCGAUUCUUGGUGCAAAUUUGCUUCGAAAAUGGAAGGUAUUGUCAUUAGGAGGGUCAUUCCUUCGGACAACAGUUGCCUCUUCAAUGCUGUUGGGUACGUUAUGGACCAUGACAAACACAAGGCUUCUGAGUUGAGACAGGUUAUAGCUGCAACAGUGGCAAGUGAUCCAACAAAAUAUUCCGAAGCAUUUCUUGGAAAGUCAAAUGAAGAGUAUUGUGCAUGGAUUCUUAACCCAGAAAAAUGGGGAGGUGCCAUUGAGCUUUCUAUAUUAGCAGAGUAUUAUGGACGUGAAAUUGCAGCAUAUGAUAUCCAAACCAAAAGAUGUGAUUUAUAUGGACAGGGGAAGAACUAUCACGAAAGGGUUAUGCUGAUCUAUGAUGGCCUCCAUUAUGAUUCUUUGGCUAUGUCUCCUUCCGAUGGAGCUCCAGAAGAGUUUGAUCAGACAAUAUUUGUUGUCCAGAAGGACCGAACUAUUGGGUCAGUCGAGGGUCUCACUCUCAAUCUUGUCAAGGAACAACAGAGGAAAAGAAGUUUUACAGACACUUCCAACUUCAGUUUGCGAUGUGGAGUGUGCCAAAUUGGAGUCAUCGGCCAGAAGGAGGCUGUGGAGCAUGCACAGGCAACAGGCCAUGUCAACUUUCAAGAAUUCAGAUGAGAGAAAUGGAGAACAGAACUCCUUCAUACCUGGUUCAUUGAAUUGUAUGAUUUAGUCAGUAUUUAAUCCCAUUGGAUUGUUGAAGUUGAACCAAUAAUGUUGUGUAUUUUAUUUCAUGAACCAUUGUUGUAAUAUGUUGUGUUGUUUUAUAACAUGAAAAUAAAUUUACAUUUGUUGUGUGACUCGUGUUAGACAGAUUUAAAAUUAACAUCCGUCUUAUUUGCAAGAGAGACUUAUUUUGCUUUA